GUGUGUUGCUGUAUACACGUGUUUGUUUGUUUGGUCUCUGCUCGCCUUCGUCUUCUCCACCUCGACUGCCACCACAUAGCUAUCUCUCUCCUUCUCUGAUUCAACUUGAAUCGGUGCUAAGUUCUCAGGCCAAUUGAGCUGCCUUUGCUUCGAAAAGUAUGAAACUUGAUUGAAGCUAUGAAUGCGAAUCAUAACGGUUACCAUACCCUCUGGACGGAUGGUCUUAUAUGCGCCUUCGAGUUUCAUCAAGGUCGUCGCAAGACAACCAAGUUCGACACGAGAAGCGCUCUUCACCGAGGAGAUGCUCUUUAUACCUUAACCAAGAAACAAGAAUGUAAAGGAGAAGAAGAAGAGCACUCGAGGAGUUACUGGCGACCAAUUGGUUGGGACAGGCUCUCUGAGCUUGUUCAGACAGUGAAGGUUGAUGGUGAGUGGUCAGUGCAGAACGUUGAUGUAGAUCAUGAGGAUGCUGAUACAACGGUUGCUGAGCUGGCUGCUCCUUACUGGGACCGACCACUCGCGGGUCCCACGUGGUGGUGCCACGUGGAUGCUAGCCAUCAAGGUGUUUCUUUGUGGCUGCGUUACGCGCAGUGGUUGCAUCCGGCUGUUAGCGUGGCUCUAAGGGACGAGAGCAAGUUGAUCAGUGAACGGAUGAAACAUAUCUUCUACGAGGUUCCUGUAAGAGUUGCUGGUGGGCUGUUGUUUGAGCUGUUGGGGCAAUCAGCUGGUGAUCCUUUUAUAGAAGAAGAUGACAUUCCCAUUGUCUUGAGGUCAUGGCAGUCACAGAAUUUUGUAGUGACUGCGUUACAUGUUAAGGGGUUUGCUUCGAACAUUAGUGUGUUAGGUAUUACAGAAGUGCAGGAAAUGCUAAUUGCUGGUGGAGCCUGCAUUCCAAGAACCGUACAUGAACUUAUAGCACAUCUUGCAUGCCGCCUUGCUCGCUGGGAUGAUAGGCUAUUUAGGAAGUAUAUAUUUGGUGCAGCAGACGAAGUUGAGUUGAUGUUUAUGAACAAGAGAAUGUACGAGGAUCUUAAUCUUUUUACUAUAAUCUUGAAUCAAGAAAUCAGAAGGCUUUCCAACCAGGUUAUACGGGUGAAAUGGUCACUUCAUGCUAGAGAAGAGAUUGUGUUCGAGCUGCUUCAGCAACUAAAAGGCAACACAGCAAAAGACUUGCUUGAAGGAAUAAGAAAGAGCACACGCGAUAUGAUCAAUGAGCAAGAAGCAGUCCGUGGCCGCUUGUUCACUAUCCAAGACGUCAUGCAAAACACUGUUCGAGCAUGGUUACAGGAUCGAAGCCUGACGGUUACACACAACCUAGGAAUCUUUGGAGGAGUUGGUCUUUUGCUGACAAUAGUGACCGGUCUGUUUGGGAUAAACGUAGACGGCAUACCAGGAGCUGCAGAUUCUCCACAAGCCUUUGCGCUUUUCUCAGCCAUUCUUUUCUUCUCAGGUUUUGUUCUAGUGGUCGGAGCUUUACUCUACCUUGGACUCAAGGAGCCAGAGGCAGAAGAGAAUGUGGAGAUUAGAAAACAAGAGCUUGACGAAAUGGUGAAGAAGUUUCAACGAGAAGCUGAGUCUCAUGCGCAGGUCUUUCAGAAAGUUCCUCAGAAUAUAGAACGCACGGCUAGUAGUACUAGUAGUAGAAUGUUAGUCCAUGAUCCCAAUGGUUACGUUCUCAUGGAAUGAAAAUCAAAUAAAGGUUUGGUUCUCUUAUUGGUGUUUGAAAUCAAAUAAAGAAUGUUAAUACCUUUGAUAUUAGCCAAGAAGAAACAAAAGUGAAAGAACCAUAAUAUAUAUAGAAACCUUUGAUAUUGGUUACGUGUGUUGUUAACGGUGUCGUUUCAAGCUUCAAAAUGGUUAGGAUUGAGUCUAUUCCUCGUAGAGGUAGAAGAACCUAUGAAGGGAGAAUGUGUGUGUAUUCUUCUGAGACAGGGGGACAUGGACUUUCAAGCAACUUUGCUCCUCCUCUUCUCUCCAGCGCUCGGGUUUAUGCAAUUACUUGAACCUCAACGGGGUGCUUUAUGUGUGGGAGAUUAGACUGGACGAUGAUGAGACUCCUCCUGUAGUCCUUGUAGCUCAUGAUUUUUACGGUGAAGAAGAAGAAGAGUGUCGGAUUAUACCUCUCCCUGUCCUGGAUAGCAGCAGCCCCGUCGUUAGGAGAACUUUGACUACUUCAGGAGAAGGAAACGUUAUCUAUGUUGAAAUAUCGGGUCGAAAAUCGAAAGUUCUGAAGCUGAACCUCAAGUGUGAGAACUCUGAUGGAGAAUGGUGGCAGUUGACAAGGAAGAAGGAUAAUUUAGACUUUGAUCACCAUAUGUGCUCCCACAGUGGAUGGAUCCGGUACCCCGCCUGCCAUAUUGACUGACAUCUCUCACUUUCUACAAGUCUCUUCUUCAAUGUUUGUUUUCAUUUUGCCCCCUUUAUAAUCAGGACAUUAUGUAUUAGGUCUCUGCUCUUUUGUCAUGACUUUGUUGCUCAUCAAGAUUAACUUGCAGUGUGUUGUAUAAGCUCUCUUAGGCUCCCUUCACAAAAAUCUUCAACACAUGUCUUUUGACUGAUUCGUUCAAACAUGACAAAUACUUUUCAUCAAAACAACAAAACGAAUCCAAAGAUUGCAUCACUAAAGACUCGACAGGCUCUUUGCCAUCUGUCCACAAACAUCAAACGUAUGUGAUCAUUCAAUCAAUAAGCUAAGGAGAAACAGAGCAUUUCAAAAAGCUUCUUCUUCAGAGCCUUGUGUAAUAGAGUUUUGCGUCCCAUCUCUUUCUUCUUAUUCACAGGUCUUCUCAGUUUUUGUAACGUGAGUCUCUGUGCCACUAGUAGAAAGAGUGUCGUCUUUGGUUUCAACAAUCUCUAUGCUUUUCUGGUUAUGCUCUUUCUCUUCAUCCUCACUAAGUAAUAUCAUCCCAAGUUUUCAUAAUUAAUUAAAUUCAGAGGUUUAUUCAAGGUGAAAAAAAAGAUAUAGAAAUUGAAAUAAUGUUUACUUUUAUUUAUUUUUUAUUAAAAAUCUGCAUACAGUUUAUGGUGUUAUUGACGUGUAUUUUACCAUAAUAGAAUUCUGAAACAUAAAAAAAAAACACACACAAAAUAAUGGGCUAGUCUAUGAAACCCGGGUUCGAUGCCCGACGGAGUCAUUUCCCUAAGUUUUCCAAAAGUAAUAUUUCAAAAUUUUCUUGACCUCUCAAACAAAAUGAGAAAAAAAAAAUGUGGAACUUGGAAUCUCAGAAGAAGCCGAAAGUGUGAGAGCCUUUCUCAGAUGAUGGCCUUGCAUCUCUUCCCCGCUUCUCUUCACUCAAUCUCGAACCCUUCUUCUUCUUCAUCAUCAUCUCGAUCAAAACAGAGACACCUCCUUCUCCAGCUCUCUCCUCCUCGCCUCCGUUCUGACCGUAGCCAAAGCGGUGUCACCGAAAACGACAACGAUCCUUCUUCCUCCGGUUCUUCAUCAUCAUCAGUACGCACACAGUUAGAUCUUCUCGAACAGCUUACUUCCACAAGCGACGGUUACUUGAGUGAUGGUGGUGGUAGCUUCAGGGGUUCCACUGUUCGUGAACAAUUGGCUGGGCUUGUUGGUGACAGGGAUGAUGAUUUCACCAUCCCCUUGGGGAAGAACUUGAAGAAAGUGAGUCCUAAGUUCUUAACCACUUCUCAGAAAAGGAACAUCAAGAGGCAAAGCUACCUUAACGAGGUCUCUCAGAGGAAUGACUCUGUUUUCUUUGCUACUAUCGGCGCCUUUGUUAUCCUUCCACCUUUGUUGAUCCUCGCGAUUGCUAUAUUAACUGGCUAUGUUCAACUCUUUCCUUAAGUAUGUAUACAAACAAUGAACAUAAUCCUUUCUUUCAAGUCUUGGUUCUAUAUAUGUGUUACUUGUUA